GACAGAUCUAAAAUAUUUUAUCUAUGCAAAUGCAUAUAUUAUAAUAUAUUUGUGUAAUAUUAAUUAAAUAAAUUAAUUUAGUUAUUUCUUUUUAUUAUAUUUCGUAGGUCCAAUCAUUGGUUGUCAUUAAAAUUAAUUUUCUUUCAUUGGUAGAUAUUUCAUAUCAAGUACUUUCUUUUAUGAUAGCGUUAAUGAAAAAUUUAACACACGUACUUAUUGCUUACGUUACUUAACCAAUCUAUUAGUAAUCCUCUGCUAGUGUAGUAGUGUUUUAUUUUAUUAUAACUAUCAGCUGAUUAAUAGUGUAUCUUUUUAGUGAUUUACGACUGGCAGAUUGGAGACGUAUAAGUGAUCAUCUGUAUAACGUAUAAAGAAUUACAAUGCGUUUAGUAAUUUGUGAUACAGUAGACUAUGUCUCUGAAUGGUCUGCUAAAUAUGUUUUAAAAAGAAUUAAAGAUUUUGAACCUAAUGAAAACAAAUAUUUUGUUCUUGGUCUUCCUACAGGUGGUACACCUCUGGGAAUGUAUAAGAAAUUAAUAGAAUAUUAUAAGGCUGGAAAAAUAUCUUUUAAAUAUGUCAAGACUUUUAAUAUGGAUGAAUACGUUGAUUUACCAAGAGAUCAUCCAGAAUCAUAUCAUUAUUACAUGUAUAAUAACUUUUUUAAGCAUAUAGAUAUUGACCCCAAAAAUGUUCAUAUUCUUGAUGGAAAUGCACCUGAUCUUGUAAAAGAAUGCGAUGAUUUUGAAAAAAAUAUUAAAGAAGCUGGUGGAAUUGAACUUUUUAUCGGAGGUAUUGGACCAGAUGGUCAUAUAGCAUUUAACGAACCAGGUUCUUCGUUAGCAUCUCGUACUAGAGUUAAAACAUUAGCUAUAGAUACAUUGGAAGCGAAUGCUAGAUUUUUUGGAAAUGAUAUCUCGAAAGUUCCUAAACAGGCCUUAACUGUUGGUGUUGGUACUGUUAUGGAUUCAAAAGAAGUAAUGAUACUCAUUACUGGAUCUCAUAAAGCAUUUGCUCUUUAUAAAGCAAUAGAAGAAGGAGUUAAUCAUAUGUGGACGGUAUCUGCAUUUCAACAACAUCCACGUACAUUAAUAAUAUGCGAUGAAGAUGCUACUUUGGAAUUGCGUGUAAAAACAGUUAAAUAUUUUAAGGGUCUCAGUGCUGUACAUCGUAAAUUGAUCGAAGAAGAUGGAAAUACAAUACCACGUCGUUCAAUAAAUGACAGUUAAAAUGAAUUUAUGGGAUAUCCAUAGCAAGUUGAUAGAAGAAUCAAACCAUGGAUUACGUUGAUGCAAUAACCAAUACCCUAAGGUGUAAUGUAAAAGACUUCAUGUGUGAAAAGGACUCGAAAGAAUUGAUCUGGAAUUUCGGUUCAGACUAUAAUGGUAAAAUAUUUGACAAAUAUGCUGCGUCAUAAUCGUUUACUUAUGUAUUCCUCUUUUAUGUGUUUAUAUAUACAUAUUUGCACACAUCUAUAUACAUCCAUACAUAUAUGCAUAUGUUAUAUAUAUGUAAAAUUUUAAAUUGUACAAAAAGUGCAUUAUUUUUAUACUGUUAAUAUCCAUUUUUCAUAAAAUAAAUUUAUCCUUUUAUCACAUUGUCAAAUACGUAUAUGUAUUUAUCGAUUGUUUAAAAAAAAGAAAAUGGUUAAUAAAUAAUAGAAAAAUGAAUAUCAAAACCAUAUCAUA